ACUAUGUGUUGUCAUUCUUUGAAGUUUAGUGUUCAAUUUGUUUAAUUAAUUUUUCUCGUAUUAUUAAGGUUUUGUUUUAAAAAUAUUUUAUAAAUUUAUAAAAUAUAUUCAAAUAUAUGUAACUAUGCCCAUUGUUUUGGGUGGAGGUAUUAGUGGCCUUUCGGCCGGUUAUUAUUUGUUGAAAAAAUUUGGACAACCUACGGCUAUUUUUGAAGCUUCCAAUCGUAUAGGUGGCUGGAUACGUACAGAAAAACAUAAAGAAAAAGGUUUCAUAUUUGAAGCAGGACCAAGAACAAUCCGUCCUAAGGGUAUGCAAGGAGCUAAUACUUUAGAGUUGAUAGAGGAUUUACAAGUACCUAUAGAGGGUAUAAAGUCUACACAUGCAGCUGCUAAAAAUCGUAUGAUCUAUGCUAAGGGACAAUUAUGUAUGCUGCCAAAUAGUUUGGGUGGUGCCUUAAAAACCAUUCCACCUUUUACACAACCCUUGAUGAUGGCAAUAUGGAAUGAUUUAAAAUCUGGCGCCAAAAGAAUUAAAUACGGUGAUGAGUCCAUAUACGAUUUUGUACAUAGAAGAUUUGGUGCGGAGAUUGCCGACUAUGCUAUAAGCCCCAUGAUUUGUGGUAUAUGUGCCGGCGAUGCCAAAGAGAUAAGUGUACGUUUUUUAAUGAAUGAUCUAUUUGAAACGGAACAAAAAUAUGGUGGCGUAGUUAAAGGUAUGCUUAUGAGUAGCAUGUAUAACAAUAAAAAAGACAGUAAAGCUUUGGACUUAUUUAGCGAAAAGGAACCGAAUUUAUUUACCGAAGCUAAGAAAGAAAAAUGGAGCAUGUACAGUGUAAAAGAUGGUUUAGAAAAUUUACCCAAACGCAUAAAUGAUUAUUUAAAGGCUCAUAAUGUGGAGGUAAAUUUAAGCUCAGAAUGCAAAGACAUGGUUUUCUCUACAAACGGGGCUCGCUUAAAUAUUAAGGACCAAGAGAUAGAGACGGAACAUGUUAUUAGUUCCAUACCUAGUUAUAAACUAGCUGCUUGCCUUAAAAAUCAACAUCCUGGUUUGGCAGGCCAACUUUUAGCCAUACCCUAUGUGGAUGUAGCUGUAAUCAAUUUACAGUACAACAAUAAGGACUUGUUAAAACAGCCUGCCUUUGGUUUCUUAGUUCCUCCCGUAGAAAGAAGACCUAUUUUGGGUGUAAUAUUCGAUAGUUGCUGUUUUGAUAUGCAAGACAAUACCGUGCUUACGGUCAUGAUGGGUGGUAAAUGGUUUGAGCAAUACUUUGGCCGAAAUCCUACACAAAAGGAACUUUUAGACAUAGCCUUAAAUGAGCUGCAACGUAUAAUGGGUAUACAUCAGGAGCCGAAAACAACUAGGGUUCACAUUUUGAAAAAAUGUAUUCCACAAUACAAUGUGGGACACAAGCAAAGGGUGGAGGAUAUAAGACGUUAUAUACAACGCUAUAAAUUGCCUUUGUCAUUAUGUGGAUCAGCAUACGAUGGUGUUGGUAUAAAUGAUGUUAUACUUUCUGCCAGAAAAAGUGUAGAGGAACUGCCUUUAGUCUAAAAGAGAUCAUUUUUAAAGCGAGUUUUGUAUAUUUAGAAUAAUUUGUUAACGUUACAUUUAUUUUAUGUAAGAUUUAAUUAAUAGAAUUAACAAAACAUAUGGGAAAAUUGGAAA